ACCUUGAAUAUUUCUGCCUAGACCACGAGGAGUAUCCUACGCUUGUAAAAUUUUAUGCAAGGGAUCCCACUCGAGAGUUUUCCAUUUGCGAGUUCUUAACAAGGGUGGUUAAGUCUGCGAAAGAUGGCUGCUGCGUGAGUUUCAUUACAACCCAAUGCACAUUAUUGCCAUGUAAUUUUUAAAUUGGCUAUGCAUCUCUUGUUAUUAUUAUUAUUAUUAUUAUUGUUGUUAUUGUGUCCUAAUCUUUCUUGGUCGUCAUGUCAUGUCAUGUCUCCUUGCAGAGAAGGAAGGCUUCCCAAUCUGUGACCACUUUGACAAACUUGCCGUCGAUGCUUUCUUCACAGGUGAUAUGCCCAACUCGUUGCCUGAGGAUACCACCACCAGUGACAACCUGCAAUUCUACGAGUUGAAAGAGUCAGAGCUGGAAGAAGAAAAGGAUUGGCUUCUUCUCUACUUGGAACUCUCGUUGCGCACCAAUUCUUUCCCGUUCUCAUCACUGGGUGAAAGUUCAUUUGACCUGAAAAAGGUAAUUGUGCAAACCAGAGCAGAUGUGUUUUCUAAGAAGAAAACCAAGUCCGAGAAUGCAAUCUUCUACAUAACCUUCACAUCCUGUGCCCGUAAAGACGGCAAUCCUAUCAUAAGGAAUGCUAUCAUAAGGAGAACAAUGGAUGGAAUUCAAGGUCAUAUGUCCCUUGAAGUCAAGUGUUUGGUGUGAAAGCAACCAUCUUAUGUUAUGUAUUUUUUAAGUAUCUAUUUGAUGUAGAUGUUUCUUGAG